AUGAAUGAGUGUCACUACGACAAGCGGAUGGACUUUUUUUACAACAGGAGCAACUCAGACACUGCCGACGAGUGGUCGGGGACAAAGCUUGUGAUUGUCUUGUGCGUUGGGACAUUUUUCUGCCUCUUUAUAUUUUUCUCUAACUCCCUAGUCAUCGCGGCAGUGAUCACAAACAGGAAGUUUCACUUUCCCUUCUACUACCUGCUGGCUAACUUAGCGGCUGCAGACUUCUUUGCUGGCAUCGCCUAUGUAUUCCUGAUGUUUAACACUGGCCCCGUGUCAAAAACCUUGACGGUCAACCGCUGGUUUCUCCGGCAGGGGCUCCUAGACACCAGCCUGACCGCCUCGCUGGCCAAUCUGUUGGUUAUCGCGGUGGAGAGGCACGUGUCAAUCAUGAGGAUGCGGGUGCACAGCAACCUGACCAAGAAGAGGGUGACUCUGCUCAUCCUGUUGGUGUGGGCCAUUGCCAUCUUCAUGGGGGCGGUCCCCACGCUGGGCUGGAACUGCCUCUGCAACAUCUCCGCCUGCUCUUCUCUGGCCCCCAUUUACAGCAGGAGUUACCUCAUUUUCUGGACUGUGUCGAACCUCUUGGCCUUCUUCAUCAUGGUGGUGGUAUAUGUGCGUAUCUACAUGUAUGUCAAGAGGAAAACCAACGUGUUGUCUCCACACACGAGUGGCUCCAUCAGCCGCCGGAGGGCUCCCAUGAAGCUAAUGAAGACGGUGAUGACUGUCCUAGAGACAUUGGAGAGACUCCGUAGGAGGAGAUGGUGCCUGAAGGCACCUGACCACUUCGCCAUGACGGUGGAGGUGGGUGUGGUGGAGACGAGGAUCAGGGGAGGCGCCUCCCUGGAAGGGAUGGCCUGUAGGAGACCUGGGCAAUGA